AGCAAGUUCCAUAACGAAAGCUAAUUUCAUUUGUCUUCUUCCUUGAGUACAGACUUCGACCAUGAAGAGACACCCUCGAUCAGGACUCGAAAUGCAGGAUCAGCUCCUAGGUUUGCUAAUAGCGCUCACUGCGUGUGCUGCUUCACUUGGAGCAGCAAAUGUACAUGGAAUAUGUACUCCCAAAGACCUGAAAGGACUGAGCGGUUUUAGGGCAGGCAUUCGCUUCGAUACUUCUGGAAGACUAGAGAAAUGGGUUGGCCUCAAAUGCUGUGAGUGGGAAGGCAUCUCCUGCAAUAAUGCAACAGGCAGAGUCACGGAAAUCCGUCUCCCGGGAUUUAUUUCCACAACGGACUUUGUGUACCAAUCUGAGAUGACAGGCUGGUUGUCUCCUUCCAUAACACUCUUGAGGUCUCUCAAAGUCAUUGAUCUCGGUGGACUCAUGAAUCUCGCUGGAACGAUCCCGCCUUCCAUCGGCUUCCGUCUCCCAAAGUUGCGAAAGCUCUACCUGUACGGCAACCAAAUAAGCGGUAUGUUACCAGAAAGCAUUGGUAAGCUCUGGCAGCUUGAAGAACUUUUGUUGUAUGAGAAUAAGCUAUCUGGGUCACUCCCUCCGAGCCUAGGAUAUCUCAGAAAUCUGAAUUCUAUGAUUCUGUACUCAAAUCAAUUUUCUGGUACAGUACCCAGUUCUAUUACAAACCUGACAGGGCUGGUUCAUCUAGAUCUCCAUAACAAUUCUUUUAUUGGUGUCAUCCCCGAAAAAAUUGGUCAGUUGCACAAUAUGAAAGAGCUCGAUCUUUCAACCAAUUUCUUUGGAGGGAGAAUUCCACUUUCCAUUACUAACUUAACUGCCAUUUUAGUCUUGUACUUGGACACAAACAAUCUCGAGGGAGAAAUCCCGAGCCCCUCGAGGUUAGAUCAAAUGCCUUCCCUCAGUUUCCUAAGACUCCACAAUAACCAGCUAACUGGUGAAAUCUCGCCCAAUUUUGCCAAUCUGAUCUCUCUCCAGAGAGUUUCUCUCGCACAUAACAGAUUGAAGGGAAAAAUUCCUUCAAGUCUGGGAGCUCUCUCUGCACUGACAGAGUUAUAUGUUGAUGACAACCUUUUAUCUGGCAUGAUACCCGAGUUAAUGGGUCAGUUAUCUCAGCUUUUGAUUCUAAACAUUUCAAACAAUAUGAUCCAAGGACCAUUGCCUCAGGAGAUGUCUUCCCUCUUUAAUCUUCAAAUAAUCAAUCUUUCAUUCAACGAAUUUAAUUUCUCCUCCAUCCCUCAGUGGUUAUUGCGAUUGCCGUCUCUUUCCCGAAUUUAUAUGGCGGGAUGUGGAAUUCAAGGAGAAAUUCCAGAGUCCUUGAAAAUAAUGCCUAGUUCAAUACAGGAGCUGGAUUUGUCAGUCAAUCACCUGACAGGGAAUUUGCCAUCUUGGCUUGGAACACUAACUCAGCUCUACUUGUUGAAUCUCUCCAGAAAUUCACUAGUUUCAGAUGUUCCAGAAUCAAUUACGAAGUUGAAUGCUUUGGGUGUCCUUGAUCUCCACUCAAACAAGUUAACAGGCAACGUAGGUCAGGUGUUCAAAAUGGAACACAGGUUUCCACAAGGUUCACUGACAUAUAUUGAUCUCUCUGAUAAUAGAUUCACCGAAGGAAUUGAACAGAUAGGGAUUGGAGAACAAUGUGGAGUUCAGUUUCUAAAUUUAUCACACAACUAUUUCUCGGGGAGACUACCGACAACUAUAGGGACGUGUACAUCCUUACAAAGCUUGGAUUUGAGCGACAACAACUUGGGAUUUAAUCUGCCGGAUGCUUUAGCAAAUUUAAGCUCACUAGAGGUACUGAAGCUGCAAAGGAACCGGUUCACUGGCAGCAUACCAGAAGGAUUUUUGAACUUGAGUAAAUUAAGGGACUUGAACUUGUCAGAUAAUCUUUUGGUGGGGCAAAUUCCUGCUGGUAAACCUCUGACUGACUUCCCUGAGAGCUCGUUCACUGGAAACAGAGGAUUGUGUGGGAAGCCCCUUAAUCCAUGUAAGCUUUGAGAAUUUGUUUUCCAUCUUUCUUCUUUCAGCAAGUAAAGCAUUAUAGAGAAUGAGUACUCCACGUUUGAAUCAGAUCGCACAUGAAUAUAUACGUGUAAUUGCUUUUAUGUUAA